AUGGAACUUGAUAUUUCAAUUGGAAUGUCGUGCUCCUCGGCUUUCAAACCUGUUCUCAAUUAUUCACAUUAUGAAUUCUUUAGAGGCUAUGAACGUAUAGAGACUCCAACAAGCUUCUGCCAAUCAAGUCUUCAAGAUGAUGAUUUGAAAUCAGCCCAAAACAAGCGGUGGGAGAUGCGGCAAAAGGUGGCUGCAGUUCGUGUUGCCAAAAAACUGGGGAUGAGUAAAGCAGUGGCUUAUUUGCAAAAGUCAAACCCUACGGACUAUUCAAAGCUCUCGAUAUCAACAUUGAAAUACUGGGUGGAGCAGUCGAAUGGGAGAAAAAGACGGUAUUAUGAUUAA